AUGGCCAAAGCAUUAAUGGUUGAUGAAGGGAGAUUUAGGCCAAUUUGUGAGCAUAAUUGGAGGCUAAAAAGGGCGUUAAAGCUGACUAUUAUUUGUUCCAAUAUUCAUAUGGAAACGAAUCCAAAGAUUGAGCUAAGUCCAAGACUUCGAAGAGUUAAUAAAGCUGGUUACUUUUAUGCUCCAACCAAGAAGUCCAGCAUGUUAAAAAUGACGAGCCAAGAAUCAAGUUAUAAGUUGAAGAUUACAAGCCAAAAUUCCAAGAUUGAUAUUUGGGUUGAAGGCCAAUUUAACUUGCUGCAACCAGCUGGAAAACAAAGGGUGGAAGCUAACAAAGAAACGCUUGAAAAACUGACGGAAAAUAAACCUUUUGUUACUGUCAGCCCACCGAAACUUUCUCCUCCUACUGAUAAAGAAUUGACACCGAUUGAGGAUUUAGUAGGGGUGUAUCUAACGAAAGGACAAGUAACAGAACGUUUUAUUGGAGUAGAACAUGUCUCUAGUACCACAACUCUCUCACUUAAGGAUUCUAUUGAUCACUUAUUCUCUCGAUUUAACUUAAGUAUAUCUAGUUUAAGAGGUCAAGCUCUUGUAGCUGUGGCAAGCAAGCAUGCAGAAAUUGAAACAUUUUUUACUUUAGUGAAUAAAGUGGUAAAUGUUGUUGGUGGAUCGACUAAGCGAUGUGAUCUUCUUCGAGAGAAGAAGAGGCUUGAAGUUGUUGAAUCAUUAAAUCUUGGUGAAAUCUCAAGUGGAAAGGGCCUUAAUCAAGAAACUACUCUUAAGCGACCUGUUGAUGUCGUUGAGAUGAUUGCCACGGAUGAUACUAGUUGUGGAAAGCGAGGGGAAGCACGUAUUUUGUUGGGAUCUAUGUUGACAUUUGAUUUUGUAUUCCGUUUUCAUCUCAUGAAAAAGGUAUUGGGUAUUUCAGAUGAAUUGUACAAUAUUGAUGUUCCCAAUAUGGACGAUAUGUUUAUACCUCUAGGCCGUUCACGGCGUAACACUCAAGAAAUUACAAAUCUACAUCAUUUUCGUGUGGAUUUCUUCUAUGCUAUCAUUGAUAUGCAAAUUCAAGAAUUGAAUGAUCGUUUCUCUGAGGUAAAUAGUGAUUUACUCCUUUGUGUUGCAUGCUUGUGUCCGGAUAAUUCAUUCUCUGCUUUCAACAAGGAUAAGUUAAUUCAAUUGUGUGAGUAUUAUCCCAAAGAUUUUAAACCAAUAGAGAUCUUGGCACUUGAAGAACAAAUUCAGACAUAG